AUGGAGUCGCAGGCCCUCCUCCAGCACGAUGACUCACCCACCGCCAUCCUCUCCAAGAAGCUACGCACCCUCUUCCAGCUGAACGCCCUCAAGCAGGGCUACAUGCCAACCAACGAACAGCUCCAAGAACACCUGACCGCUCAUAUCCGCUCACCCGUCCUCGAUGCAAAGCAACGCGGCCUCUCCAAGGAAACGCGCCAGAUCAUGGACGAUAUCCGAGGCUUCCUCAAAGCCACAGGUCAACUCCUCAAGGACAAGAACGACGGUGACUUGAUACAAGAGAUCAUUUGGAACUUGAAGAGCGCAAAGGCCCAUGCGGAUGUUGAGUUUGAUGGGGAUGUAUUCGCCGCUCGAUUGAGCGUGACACAAGCAAAAGCCGACGCAAAGACAGCGCACAUGAAGGCCCGCGCAGUGGCCGAUGUACUCUACAGCAACCCGCAAUUCCGAGCACUCCUUCACGACGGCUCCAUCCUUGCGCGUGACCUGCUCUCGGAUGUUGUUGAAGCAACGGCCACGGCUAUUGCUCCUGAAGAGGAAGACCUCAUCCAACUUGAGGAAGAAGCUGUGGAUGUGGAUGGACGAGCCAUCAAGGAUGAUGUGGACGACACCAAAGCAGCGAUUCGCGAACGCGUCGACAACGUCAAGGAACAAGUCCGUGAAACAUACGACGCUGCCACUGAACAAGCGAUUGCCACGCUACAACAAAUGCAAGAGCAAGGCCAGAAAUUCGGUGGACAAGCCAUCGAAGUUGCUGGUCAAGCCAAGGAGAAGGCAACAAAGCUCGCAAAGGAAGGGUCCGAGCAAGCCAAGAAGGCAGCAGACACAGCACUCAAGCUUGCUGACGAGGCUAUUGCCAAAUUGGAAGAACUGACGGGCAUUCAGCGUGAGGAUAUCAAGAAAUCACUCGAUAACGGUACUCCCGUUGAAGACCUCGUUCGCAAUGCCAAAAAGGGAGGCAAGAAGGUCCAAAAGCGUGCUGGAGAGCUAGCCAGUGAUGCUGCCGACAAGGUCCAGCAAGGCACAAAAGCAGCUCAAGACAAGGCAGCUGAAGUUGCCGACAAGGGCAAGAAAGUCGCCAAAGACGCCAAGGACAAGGCACAAGAUGUUGCCGAGGAUGUUCAGGACAAGGCUGGUAAAGCAGCAGAGUCAGCCAAAGAAGGCGCCAAGGAUGCCAAGAAGAAGGCAGAGGAUGUCGCUGAAGACGUAGGCGACAAGGCAAAGAAGACUGCAAAAGAUGCCAAGUCCAAGGCUGACGAUGUUGCUGAGGAUGUCGGCGACAAGGCGAAGAAGACGGCAAAGGACGCCAAGUCGAAAGCCGAGGAUAUUGCAAAAGACGCGAGCGACAAGACUGAAAGGACUGCUAAAGACGCCAAGUCGAAAGCCCAGGACGCAAACAAGUCUACUUCCUCAAGCAAUGGUACACACUUGCAACAAAUUGGUAUUGUUCACGACAAGGCUGCCGACAAGAGGGAGGCACAGCAACAAGGUGGCAAGGGAAAGCCUGAUCCUGAUUACACCUUUGACGAGGAGGAUACUGAGACGGAUGAUGCACUUGCUGGCAUCAUGGCACAGAUUCGCACCAAGACAAAAGGUCAAGAAGGUAUCACUGAAGCAGAUAUGAAGCGCACUGCUCGCAAGCUGCUGCACGACUAUCAAUCGCAAUCUGGCAAGGCACAAAAGAAUGGUAGCAAGGCUGCUGACAAGACCAAGGAAACUGCCAAGGAUGCAAAAGCCAAGGCUGGUGAUGCUGCUGAAUCUGCAAAGCAAAAGGGCUCUGAGGUCGCUGAUGAGGCUGUUAAGAAGGCUGAGCAAGCCAAGGAAAAAGGUUCUGAGCUUGCUGACAAGGCACAAAAGAAGGGAUCCGAGGUGGCAGAUGAGGCUGGUAAGAAGGCUGAGCAAGCAAAGCAAAAAGGAUCUGAGCUUGCUGAUAAGGCACAAAAGAAGGGCUCUGAGGUAGCAGACGAGGCCAGUAAGAAGGCUGAGCAAGCCAAGGAGAAGGGAGCUGAGCUCGCCGAUAAGGCACAAAAGAAGGGCUCCGAGAUCGCUGAUGAGGCUGGCAAGAAGGCCGAACAAGCGAAGAAGAAGGGCUCUGAGCUCGCUGACCAGGCUUCUGAGCAGCUCGACUCUGCUGCCAAGACUGCUGAUGACCUUGGUCGCAAGGUAAAGAAGAAUGCAGACGAAGCUGUUGAGGCUGGCAAGGACAAAGCAGCCGAACUUAAGCGUCGUGUUGAGGAAAUCGACCAAGAAGAUAUCCAAAAGGCCAUUGACGAUUUGAUUCGUGCAACGAAGCAAAAGUUGACCGAGGUCACUGGCAUCACAGAGGACGAUGUGGUCGACUUCAAGAACAAAGCCGUUGAACAAGGCAAGCAAGCUCGCGACUUUGCCGUUGAAAAGGGCAAGAAGGCUGCUGAAACUGCUGAAGACGUCGCCGUCAAUGUUGGUGCUCAAGCCAAGCACGCUUUACAAAACGCUCCCCGCAAUGCAGCUGGCCAGAUCCACGACACGCUAGAUGCCGCACAAGAGUUGACAGAUGCCACGGUCGAGAAGAUCAAGGAAUCGACCAAGGACAUUCGCGAGUAUCUAGCUGAGAAGUUCCCACCCAAGCGGCGUCAGGCCUUGCAGAAGCACUUCACCGCCCUUGCUGUCUCGCUCCGCGACAACACCGACUACUCCAAUGGUCUUGAUGGCUUGAUUCCAAUUGGCCGCAAGUACGUGGACUACACAAUGACCUUUGUCGAUGAAGUGCCCGAUGCUCUGGAGGCUUCAGCCAAUGUCGACACCAACAACGAGCUUGAUGUUGCUGUUCGCAAUACGAUCACCCUGAUUGAGCGCUUCUCCAAUGGAGUUGGCUUUGGUGGCAUACAGAAAGCAUACAAGCAGCUCAAGGGGGAUAUGGGCAAGGACAAGCACACCGACGAGUUCUUGUCGGACUGUAUGACAUACUUCAAGCGCCUCGUACAGGAUGUCAAGUAUGCUGCUUCAGAUGAUGCACAGAAGCACGGCCAGGAACUCCUCGACCGCAUCAAUGAGUUUACAGAGUCGACUGGUUUCAAAGAUGAUGUCAACGACCUCAUUCGCGAAUCGGUCAAGCUUGCCGAAGGCUUCACAAGUGACCAAGUGCUGCUCAAUUGGACUUCAAGGGGUCGUCAACUCUUCAAGCACUUGACCAUGAACUCGCGCGGCAACUUCGUGUUCAAGACUCGCGUUAUUCGCGACUUUUUCCAAAUUAUCAUGCCAUCGGCACUGAAGCUUGUUCAAUAUGUCCCUAUCUCAAGGGUUGAAUUCCAAAACGAGGAAAUUGACCUCGUGGUCGAGAACCUUGUCUUUGAGUCGAGUGCGUCACACGACCAGAGCUUCCUGCCAUACCGCAUGCGCAUCAUGAACAAGAAUGUCUUUGAGGCUGUCAACGCCUACAAGUACGAGUCUGCUUAUUCACAACGCUUGACUGUUAAGCUUGAAGGAUUGACUAUGGCUGUGCGCGAUGCUGGCUUCUACAUUCGCAAGAAGACUGGCUUCUUCCGCUUCUACGACUCUGGCUUGUUCGAUGUCAUCAUGGAUGGACCAGGCGUUGAUAUUGAGGUUGACUUGCAAAUGUCUACCGAGGAUGAGGAAGAGGACGUCACGCGUGACGCUCUCUUUGUGGUCAAGGCUGUGCGUGUCGACAUUCGCAAGUUUGACUUUAGCACAUCAGGUGCACGCCACGGUUGGCUCAUUGGCUUGUUCAAGCCUCUCGUCAAGGGAUUCGUCAAGCGUCAAAUCGAGACGGCUAUUGCCGAUUCAAUGAAGGAACAGCUCGUUUGGUAUGAGUAUCAGUUGCGCAUGCUGCAGCACCGUGUCAAGACUGCCUUUAUCGCCAAUAAUGGUCAAGCCAGCUUUGCCAGCUUGUUCAGGGCGAUCACCACUGGCUACAAGCCCAACCCUGGCAGACGUGGUCAAUUUGAAGUGGCUGUUGGCACACAUGGUCCACUGCGCAAUGUACACACGAAGGCAUCGCUCGAGCACGAGUUGGAGUAUGCAGAUGAGAUUGUGGACGAGGAGGGUAGGCGUCAUUCAUGGAAGAAUGAUAUCUUCAGCUUGGGCGUUUAA